GCUGCGCGGCCUCGCAGCCACACUCCGUGGGAACCGGCGCUGGCCCUGCCGGCCCCUCCGACCUCUCCCGCCCGGCGCCCAGCGCGGCCACCUGCAUCCAGCAUCCAGCAUGCUGGGAGGAGAGACACUCGAGAUCCUGGUGGGGACGGAAGGGGACAGCCUCCCGCUGAUGGACAUCAAUGCUAGCGAGACCGAGGCCUCUGAGCUGUGGGACUAUGUCCUUGUGGCUGAUCGUUGCACCCAGAGAAACCCCAGGCAGGUCCAGCGGCGGCAGCAGUUCCUGGAAGAGCUUGAGAGGAAGGGCUUCUGCUACAAGGUGAGGGAGGACCAGGAGAAGGUGUUCUUUGGGAUCCGAGCUGACAACGGGAUCUUUGACCGGUACUGCAGACUUCUUGUGCAGCCCGAGGAUACUGCCCCCAGAGGGGAGCUGGCCAGGCUAACUUCCAUCCCAGCCACCACCAGAAUCCGAAUUGUCAACUUUGUCCUGAAUAGCAAGACGGCAGCCGGUGACAGGCUCCAGGACUUGGUGAAGGAUGGGGUCUUUGAGGCCGGGUUCCCCCUGCACAAGGGGGAGGAAGACCUGAAGAAGAAAUGGGCCCGGUGGAGGACCAUGUUCCAGGAGCAGCCCGUGGGCGACAUCAGGAACUACUUCGGUGAGAAGGUGGCCCUGUACUUCGCCUGGCUUGGCUGGUACACCUACAUGCUGGUGCCCGCCGCGCUGGUGGGCCUCGUUGUCUUCCUCAGCGGGUUUGCGCAUUUCGAAGCCAGCCAGAUCAGCAGGGAGAUCUGCGCGGCCCACGACAUCUACAUAUGCCCCCGCAGCGACCACAACCCCACGUACCACCGGCUUUCAGAAACCUGCGCCUUUGCUAAGCUCACCCACCUCUUUGACAACGAGGGCACCGUGCUGUUCGCCAUCUUCAUGGCGCUGUGGGCCACCGUGUUCCUGGAGUUGUGGAAGCGGGAGCGCGCCUGCGUGGUCCUGCAGUGGGACCUGUACGGGUGGGAUGAGGACGAGGAGGACAUGGCCCUGGGGCUCACCGACAGCCCCGACUACCAGCUGCGGCUGCACCAGCACUCCUACCUCCGGAGCGCCGUGGUCUUCCUCCUGUCUCUGCUGAUGAUCUGCUUCAUGAUUGGCAUGGCCCACCUCCUGGUGGUCUCCCGCGUCGUGGCCUCUGCCCUCUUCAGCUCGGCCUUGCCCUUCCUGGGGGAGCGGGUGACCACGGCCGUGGUGGUGACCGGGGCCCUGGUUCACUAUGUGAGCAUCCUCAUCAUGACCAAGAUCAACAAAUGUGUGGCCCUGAAGCUUUGUGACUUUGAGAAGCCCAGGACCUUCUCAGAGCGAGAGAGGACGUUCACCCUCAGGUUCUUCAUCCUGCAAUUCUUUGCCCACUUCUCCUCCCUUAUCUACAUCGCCUUCAUCCUGGGCAGGAUCAAUGGUCACCCGGGGAAGUCUGUGCGCCUGGCAGGGCUGUGGAAGCUGGAGGAGUGCCAUCUCAGCGGCUGCAUGAUGGACCUGUUCGUGCAAAUGGCCACCAUCAUGGGUCUGAAACAGACGCUCAGCAACUGCAUGGAGUACCUGCGCCCGUGGCUGGCCCACAAAUGUCGCUCGAUGCGGGCCAUGUCCCAGGACCCCGAGCUGAGGCACUGGCAGCACAACUACCGCCUGAACCCGGUCAACACUUUCAGCCUGUUCGACGAGUUCAUGGAGAUGAUGAUCCAGUACGGCUUCACCACGAUCUUCGUGGCUGCCUUCCCACUCGCCCCACUGCUCGCACUCUUCAGCAAUCUCGUGGAGAUCCGCCUGGACGCCAUCAAGAUGGUCCGGCUGCAGCGGCGCCUGGUGCCACGCAAGGCCAAGGACAUCGGGACCUGGCUGCAGGUGCUGGAGAUCAUCGGUGUGCUGGCAGUCAUUGCCAACGGGAUGGUCAUCGCCUUCACAUCUGAGUUCAUCCCCCGAGUGGUGUACAAGUACCGCUAUGGCCCGUGCCGGCAGGGGGCCCACCCUGCAGUCGACUGCCUCACGGGCUACGUCAACCACAGCCUAUCCGUGUUCUACACCAAGGACUUCCAGGACCCUGUCAAAAUAGAAGGCUCGGAGAACGUGACCGAGUGCAGGUACCGAGACUACGGCACCACUCAGAACUCCAGCUUCACUGAGCAGUCCUGGUUUCUCCUGGCCAUCCGCCUGGCCUUCCUCAUCCUCUUCGAGCACGUGGCCUUAUGCAUCAAGCUCAUUGCUGCCUGGUUUGUGCCUGACGUCCCUCAGUCGGUGAAGAACGAAGUCCUGAAGAAGAAGUACCAGAGGCUCUGGCUUAAGAGCUCCAGCCCCAAGAGCACAGACGUGUAGGGGACCCAGAGCUGGCCAGGAGGUGCUGGUGCAUGGAGGCCCAGACUCAGAGCUGCCACCACCACCUCCCACCCCAGCCCUGGCUGUGUGUGUGUGUGUGUGUGUGUGUGUGUGUGUGUGUGUGUGU